GCUCACUUACAGAAAGGAAGGCAACUCUGUAACACGUUACAUACUUUACAAGCAACUGUCGAAACCUUUGGAAAUAUCAAACCAGCAAGCAGCAAAACAUCUCAUUAUGUGCAGAGGACUUGAAUCAUUGCCUAUAACAUGCCUGGAGAGGGCGAAGGAGCUGAAAGCUUUGUUUGGAAGUUUACUCCAAAAGUCAGAUCACAGCAUCAAUGGCCAGUCAAAGAAAAAUGACAAACUGAGGUUAAACGUGGACGAGCCUUUAAAAUGGAAGGAGUCGUUUGACAACUUGUUGUCCAGUCAAAAUGGUCUUUGCCUGUUCAGAGCGUUCCUGCACUCAGAGUUCAGUGAGGAAAACAUUACAUUCUACUUGGCGUGCGACGACUACCAGGCAACGAAAGCUUCAAAACUGGGCGCCAAAGCCAAGAAAAUUUACGACGAGUUCAUCGGCUCUGAUGCGCCAAGAGAGGUAAAUCUUGAUCAUGUUACCAAAGCCAUCACAAAGGAGAACAUGGAGCAUCCCAACCUGUCCUGUUUCAAUCUGGCCCAAGCCAAAAUAUACACCCUGAUGGAGAAAGACUGCUACCCUCGCUUUCUAAAGUCCUCCACAUACCUGGAGCUCAGCAGAAAGGCCAAGACAGGCUAAAAUACUGUUCUUAAAAAAAACUCUCUUGCAAGCGGUAGACGUAAAAGGGACAUAAGCGUACUGACACACAGCAGAGCCGGGAAAAGUUCACAUGGAACAAAUACCUCAGUCUAAGGAGAUUCACGCCAGGUUGCAGAGUUAUUUUGGUGACCCGAGGUCACGUACAGAUCGGCGUCAAAGCUGGAAGCUGAAGGACACGUGAAGCUGUGAGGACAAGACUGACAGAGUCUGAGCUGCAGGCAAUGUCUGCCUCUGAAAUAGACAGCUGUGAUGUACAUACAGCGCUGCAUGAACGACAGCCACAGUGGCAUAAAUUAUUAAAUGCAGAUUGACAAAAAUGAGUUGCUUUCACACCACAAAUCUACCACAUGGAGAGACUCAAUGGCAUUAAUGUUUAUUUAUUAAUUAUUUAUUUAAAGUAUUUUUUAUGAUGUGAUGAAAACUGAUCCGACUGUCUGAGAAUGUCUUUUUGUUUUUUUAUCUGAAGUACUGUAUGUAAAAAUUGUGCAUUGAAUAAAAGAUGACCAA